UCCAGAACCAUAUGUUUGUUGAAACAGUCCAUGCUGUGGCCAUAUCCAUCAGCCAUAUCAGUUAAGGAAAAUACAGAUUCGGGCAUCAGUCUAAGCCUUGUGAAACAAUGUGAGAAUUCAGCAGAAUGUGAACCACAGUUUGAACUGGACACCAAUUUCCUUCAGAAUGACUGGGAAUUUGCAAUGGCUCCAAAUGCAGAGUACUGUGAAUUAAUCUGCAGGAACAACCCACACUGUAAUUUUUUCAGCUUCUUCACAGGAGCUUCAGACACAAAAAGCUUUCAAUGUAUUCUAAAGAAAAAUGUAACAGGGGAUGUGAACAGGGUUUCACAGCCAAAUGUAAUCUCUGGGUUUCCACUCCAAAAAUGUCCAUCUUCAAUGAUAUGUGCAGAAACCAUAUAUAGGAAUAUCAGUUUUGAAGGUAACAACUACAGCAUUAUUACUACCUCUGACUUUCAAACAUGCCAGUCAACUUGCGGUAAUGAUUCCUUUUGCCAUUUUUACACAUAUGGGCCUUCAAAACAGAAUAACUGCGCUCUAAAGCAUGUAAUGAAUAUUCCUCUUCCAGAAGGCAUUGCAAUUAAGAAUGGUUUAACUUCAGGAUUUUCCUUAAGUCGGUGUGGAUCACUACGCACCACCACAACAACAUCAACAGAAGAAUCAAAAAAAUCAGACACUUCCAGUACUUAUUGGACAACGUCUAUAAUUAUGGAAGUACUGCCUACACACAUUGACCCAACUUCCAGCACUAUUGGUACACCUGGCCCCACUAUUGCAGCGUCCGUCAAGAUCGAUACCAGUGAGAACCCUGAUGUCAUCUUUACUGUGUAUCUUGUGGAUGAACUGAAGACAUGGACAGAGGCCAUUAACUACUGCAGGUGUCAUUACACUGACAUGGUCAGCAUUAGCAGUGAGAUGCUCCAGAUGGUGAUGGCUGAACUAGUUCUGAAAACCACUGGACCAGGAGUUUGGAUUGGGCUGCGAAAUCACCGUAUGUCAGAUACCUGGUAUUGGAUAAAUCAGCUACCACUGAACUACACUAAAUGGGGUGAAGGUGAACCCAGUAAUCCACUAAUCCAUCGUUGUGGAAUGUUAGGUCUGAAUGGACCACAAGAUGUUGUGUGGAAAACUGCAUGUUGUAGCAUGAAGCUUAGAUUUCUGUGCUUUAAUUCUUCCAAUAUUUUUGAAAAACAUUGUAUUUCUUACCCUUAACUGAGAUAAUCCACUGUACUGCAAUUGCCUUCAUUUGUAAAUAAUAUACUAUUACAGGUAAGCAUUUAUCAUACAAAAGAAAUAAUAAUUUCUGAACAGACGGACAUUCAGUGAAAAUAACACCAAGGGGAUUUCACUUUGUUUCUGUCAGAAUUAUUAUUUUAAAAAUAUAGUUGUUAACUGUGACAUGUUUUUUAGAAAGCAGAGAUACCUACAGAAAAAUAAAAUAUUUCAUAUCAUUUUACAUAAGUUUUAUGUCAUCUGACUUUGAAAUGCUACAGAUUCUUUGGUUUAACAUAAGGACUUUAACAAAAUCUAUAUAGUUGUAAGGAGCAAUACGAUGUUUAAAUUGUAAAACCAAUAUAUUCCAAAAACAAAAAAAUACAAUCAAUAAGUAAUGAAAACCAGUGUCUUUUAAAGUAGCCCAGCUGAUAAUCU